CUUGCCGAGUGGGUAUAGGAGUCUGCGAAGCAGCAGUCAGCAUCAACUCCGAUCUUUUGAAAACCCUAGACAAACAAGGCAAAAUAGGAAUGACUUGCGUGCUUGCUGUGCUUAUCAUGAUUGACCAGCAUAGAGGAGUCUGACCAUGAAUCGACCAGAUACAAGGAAGUACUCAGAGACGGGAGAAGAUGAUCGAUAUCUAUUUGCAGUUUCUGAGAUGCAAGGAUGGAGAUUUACUAUGGAGGAUACUCAUGUGACCAUGCCAACCCUUGCAGAGGGGCCAGAGGGCACAACAGAUAAAAACUCAUUCUUUGCUGUUUAUGAUGGGCACGGUGGAAGUGCCGUUGCGAGGUUUGCGAAGAACAACGUUCACAAGCGACUGAUUUCAGAUGAGGCAUAUCGUGAAAAGCGUUAUGAGGAAGCGUUUAAGAAAGCGUUCCUCGGCACCGAUGAAGAUCUCCUCGCUGAUUCGUUGCGUGAUUACGGUUCUACAGGUUGUACUGCUGUGGCUGCUUUGAUAACGGACGAUAACAAGAUUUAUGUGGCCAAUGCUGGCGAUUGCCGGGCUGUUCUUAGCGUGAAAGGUAUAGCCAGGCCUUUGAGUUUUGACCAUAAACCAGUAAUGGAGACUGAACGGAGACGGAUCGAGGAAGCUGGAGGAUACAUAGACGACUCACGUGUUAAUGGAAAUCUUUCGUUGUCUCGGGCUAUGGGAGAUUUCGAGUUCAAGAGAAACCACGCACUCAGUCCUCAAAAACAAAUGAUUACAGCCGAUCCUGAUGUCACCGUUCACGAUGUUACAGACGAGGAUGAGUUCCUAGUCCUGGCCUGUGAUGGUAUCUGGGAUCCUACAACUUCACAAGAGGUCGUUGACUUCGUCCGGCAAAGAGUUUCACAUGACUGGGAACUCGAGGAGAUCGGAGAGAAGAUGUGCGACCAUUGUCUUGCUCCAUAUAGAUCACCUUAUCAUGGUAUCGGAUGCGAUAACAUGACUAUCAUCAUUGUGGCUCUUCUUCGCGGAAGGACAAAACAAGAAUGGUACGACUGGAUCAAAGACUCGGAAGUACGAUGAUUACGGGCCAACGAGCAAUAGUAUUCAAUCAUAUAGGUACUGCAUUGAAAUGUAAUGGUCACAAGGACUUCCUUCGGUCGGCAGUCGCAGCAUGUCAUUGUGUUCAUAAUAGUAACUCGGAAAAUACAAUCAUCAGCAAACUACUGAUUUUCCCCUGGAAAUAGAACGGGCCUGCAGUCACGGUGCCGCACUGGUCAAUACACAAUUAAGAACCUGAUUUAAUUGUGAUUCAAG